GCAUCUCUCUAAAUUUUGUAUGGAGAACACUUUCGUGACGGCGGGAGUCUCACUCUUGUCUCCUCAACUCAUCAUAAUUCGCUGGUCAUUCUCAUAGUGAUGUCGGACGCGAACCUUGCAGUGACGUAUUCUUUAAUCUAUGUGUUUCUGAAACAGCAGUCCCAGACAAAAGCGGCUGAUGCUGUGAAGAAAGCUGCAAGGAACAUAAUCGUCUUAAAGGAUGAUUUGCAGCUCGAGGGUUCACCCUUGGAUGAGAUAGUCAAGCAAUGGAAAGAGUCUCAUGCUAAUGACAGUUCUUCUAGCUCUGAUUCCAGUUCUAGCUCAUCCGAUUCAACUGAAAGCGAAAGCGAAAGCGACAGUAAAAAAGGAAUCCAGGCUUGUAAAAAGGUCCCUGAGACUCUCUUGAGUGGAGACCGCGAAACGAGUGCCACCCUGUCCUCUGGUAUACUCCCAUUAUCAGUGUCAGCUUUAUCAGUACUGACUUGUGAAAGAUGCCAAGAAACUCUCUGUCAAGGGAGAAGCUCAAGCUCCAGCUCCAGCUCAGGAUCUGAUUCUGAUUCUGAUAACUCUGCGACUGAUUCCGCGUCCGACAAAAAGCUAGCCCGCAAAGAUGCCCCCAAAAAGGAUGGUAAAUCAUCGAAUUCCGACUCCAGCGAGUCCAGCUCCUCUGACUCCGAGUCUACAUCGUCCGACUCUGAGUCCACCACUUCGAGUUCUGAGUCCGAGUCUGAAGCCGAGAUCACUGCCAUCUCUGGCAAGAUUACCAUCAAACGCGACGUCGCGUCCAAAUCUGGCGCCAACACGGGCGUCGCAUCAAUCCCGAAAGAGGAAAUGCAGAUAACGAAAAAGCGAAAGACAUCUGAGUCUGGAGCUGCUGUAGUUACCGCUGUGGUGUCACUCACUACCGAUGAUGUGCGAGUUUCAGUGAAGAACAGAAAUAUCCAGAAAAAUGGCAAUAACAAGCCCCCGCGGAACGUGAGUGAGCGAUUCUCGAGGAUCAAACCUCAGGGUAUACCUCCGGAACAACUUCUGGACAAUGGGUACGAAGCAAAGGGCGGCAUCACUAAUGAUUACGGUAAUCGUGCACACCAGGACUUGAUUGUUACACGGGGUGCAGGGUUCCGGAAGGAGAAGAACAAGAAGAAAAGAGGUUCAUAUCAUGGCGGAGAAAUCACUAUGCAAAGUCACAGUAUCAAGUUCACAGAUUAGACGCAUGUAUUUACUGGUCGAUAUACGUCGCACCAGUUACGUUCGCCAGUCCCACUUCUAUUCGCGUUCUCACUCAAUACAAUAUACCGAUCGCUUCACAUUCACUGUAAACCGUCAGAAUGUAUGUAGCAAAUUUCAUUGGGCGAAUCGAUAUGGAACGCAACUCGGAUUUAAUCGUUCUAUGUACCGACUUUGAUUGUGCACAUUUCGCGCAAAGCUCGUCGCAACCAUAACCUUGAAUAUGAGAUUGCUGGUUAGAUUGACUAGAUGAUUUAUCGAGGAUUGUCACUGGCUUGAGAGUACCAGAUGUUGCACAGCCACAGACCAAAGCGCCCGUCCGGUCGAACUUUAUAGAAGGAAAA